UUGGCCGGUGAUGUUCCUGAGCGUCCAGUCGCUGAAGCCCGCCUGAAGAAACAGCAGGUGGCGCCAUGGCCCGCGCGGGCAUGGCUCGGUGGCGGGCCAAGAACAGCUCUGGACCUGCUGAGGGCGGGGACGAGGUGCAGCGAUCGCUGGAGCUGCUGGACCGCGUGCUGUCAGAGUUCGACGACCUGGAGAACGGCAACGCGACGGCGGCGGCGGCGGCUGGGGCGAGCCCGCUCGGCCACCAGUCGGAGGACGACGGCUACAUGAGCAUGAACGGCCGCCGGCCCGCCAAGCUCGCGCUCGAUCUGCCACUCGCCCCCGCCUCCGCCGCCGCCCCCGCACAGCCGGCCGCCCCCGGCGGUGUGGCGGCCUCGGCGCCACACCCACCGCCACCUCCCGAGGAGGCUGAGCGCAUCAUUUCUACGCUGCUACCCAGAUUGUCGCCGGGCAGCUGCGCAGCACUGGGCCGGCGGCCGGUGCGGCCAUUCCUGCUGUCGGGCUGCGGCGGCAGCCAGGAGGCGCUCAGCGGCGCCGCCAACGGCUGCAGGGUCACCACCGCCACACAGACCACGCUGCCGAAGACGCGCGUGGCGGGCCAGCUGAGCGUGUCCUCGCUGCGCUUCUCGUCGCUGCCGCCCGACUCGGCGCUGCAGCGCGCCGCCCGCCGCCUGCCGCCGCGCACCGUGCCGGGGGCGUGCGCCGCCGAGAGGCACCGCGAGGUGCGACGCCGCCGCAACGACGACAACUUCUCCGACGACUCGCUCGAGUCGGAGCCCGUGGGGCCGCCGGCCAGGGAGAGCGACCGCGCCGACGGGGCGGCCGCGGGGCUGCCGCCGCCCCCGCCGCCCACGUCGCCGGCGCCGCCCCCGGCGCCCUCCCCCAGUCCUAGCCCCGGCGCCUCCCGCCGGCCGCAGCGGCCGCCCGUCGCCUGGGAGGUAGCGCUGCACGACCAGCCGGGCAGCACGAGGGUCGUCGGCCGACGGCGCCGCCGCUCCGCCGAUCACAUUGCGUCCGGACAGCGCGGUCGCGGCCGUGUGGUGGUGGAGCGGCGCGCCGCCAGCACCGAGGACGACUCGGCGUCGGCGUCGGCGUCCGCGUCGGCGACGCCGUCGAGCGACGGCGGCACGCCCGAGUGGCCGCGGGCGCGCGCGCUGCCGGCGCACGGCACGUACGUCAUCCGCAAGGGCCGGCGGCGAGAGCCCGCGCUCGCCUCCGCCUCCUCCGCCGCCGGCGACAGCGAGUCCUCGCCGCCCAGCGGGGAGCUCAAGCGCUGCAGCUCCACCUUCGACAACAUACGCUCCCUGCUCAACGAGGGCCGCCUCGAGGGGCUGGACGAGCCGCCGCCCGACUUCCUGCCGCCGGCGCCGCCCGCGCUGGUGCGCGUCGUGUCGCUGCCCAGCCUGCCCGUGGAGCCGCCGCCGCUCGAGCGGUCGCGCUCCGACGGACACCGCCUGUCGCGCCUGCACGAGCUCGCCGUCACGCUCGAGGAGGACGACGACGACGACGCGGACGUCGCCGCCGCCGCCGGCGCCGGCGCCACUGUCCUCAACGGGCGCCGCUCGCCGCAUCCGGAGGCCGCAGCUGCAGCAGCCUCAGCGGAGCCCGAAGGCGAGCUGGCGUCUCCGAGCGGCAGCCGCGACAGGUACUGGCGGCGCGACGACGCGGAGUGCUCCAGCGUGGACGAGGCGGAGGGUGCGACCGGUGGCGGCGGCGGCGGAGGCGGAGGCGGCUGUUACUUCCUGCGGGGCCGCGGGCACGGCGACGCGCCCUCCGGAGGGCAGGCAGUGUCCGACGUAGAGAACAAGCGACGCCUCAGCCAGUGCGAGGAGGCCAUCCGCUGCAUCAUAGAGGGAGACCGCCGCCCGGAUUCCGAUGCCGAGCUGCUCUUCCCGCUGGCCAACGGCAAGGACGAGAGCCUCGACUUCUCUGACGCGGACGACCGGCGGGCGACCAGCCAGAGCGAGGAACUCAGCUCGUGCAACAGCCUCGACGUGCCGGCCAGCUCCAGUCGCGAGGACAUGCUGGCCGACUCCAGCCUGGACGAGGAGGCACUCACGGGCAGGGAGGUGGGAUCGCGAAGUGCGCUGCGCGCCAGGCGGGGCGCCGAUGUGGAUCGCGUCAGGGUGCGCGACGGGGACCCCGGCUACCGGCGAUUCGCCCUCGACGGGGAGCACUCGCCGCACGACGGCCUGGACGACGGGCUGCCCGAGGCGUCCAGCGCCGACCACGACGCCGACGUCAGCAGCCUCAACAGCACCGACAUCAACGGGAAGCUCAGCCAGGAGGACAGCCUCGAGGUGACCCCCAGCCCCAGCCACGACGAGGGCGUCAACUGCUGCAGCACGGUGACGGUGUCAGCGGACCUGGAAUUUCCGCCACUGCCGCCGUCCCCCGUGGAGGAGGCGGAGGACGAGUACUCGGAGAUCCUGCCAGGGCUGCCGGGCGCGCGCAAGGCUGAUCCGCCCAAGGAAGAGGCCGCCUCCCGCCAGCAGCAGCCGCCCCCGCCGCCCCCGCACCAGCACCAGCACCCCCACCCGCCCGACGCCGCCAGCAGCCUCCGCACCCGCUCCAUGGACGCUGGUUUCGGUCGCGCCGCCAGGGGCCACGGCAGCCGCCGGGAGGUGCCGUGCGAGCGGCGCACGCUGCCCCCGGAGCUGCCGCCGCACCGGCGACCGCGCGCCUACGCGCCGCGCUCCCCCGCGGCGCCCUCGCCGGCGCCGGCGCCGGCGCCGGGCGGCCUGCAGACGUCGUGCUCGCUGCCCGAGACGCCCAUCUUCGCGCGCGGCUCGGGCUUCGACGUGCCGCGCACGCCCCUGCGCCGCGGCGCGCCGCUGCUGCCCGAGCUGCCGGCCGGCGGGCCGGGCCGCGGCUGGUACCCCCGGCACCGCGCGCGCCCUGCCUCCUCGGAGCACCUGGACCGGCUGGGGCCCGCCGGCUCGGCCGCCGGCGCCCACCACCACCACCACGCGCACCACCACCCGCCCUGGGACGCGGCGCGCAAGCCCACCACGUUGCCGCCCAACCUCUCCCCCAAGUUCUUCCACCGCUCGCCGCGGGAGGCGCUGCGCCGCGUCACCAGCCUCCUCAUCCGCAAGGGAAGCAGCAGCAAAGAAUCCAAGAAGGAACAACUAUCGCCGACAGGUCUUGGCAUGGGCAGCGAGUCGCGGCACAAGCGUGGCUUCUUCCGCAGCCUGUGGAAGCGGUCGCGGCACUACUCGCUGGAGCAGCAGUAGCAGUCGGCCGGCGCGGGCCCCUGCGGCUCGCGCCAGUUCGAGGACGCUCCGGAGGACGACGCGCUGCCUCCGCCGCCGCCCCGGCGCAGGGUGCUGUCGUGGUGCGGCGCCGAGUAGCCGACCGCGCAGGGGCUCCAGAGGGCCCGUGCAGGCACAGGCAGCCGCAGUCCAGCUACUCCGUGUCUUCAGCUACUGCCGCCACCGGACACUGGGUGACAGGUGCCCCUCAGCAUCGAGAAAUACGAUAAAGUGCUACGAUGAAAACUUUUUGGGGACCAGGCAGUACUGUGACCGUGUGUCGGCGUGUCUUGUACUAUAUUUGACGUGAUACCAAUAUGACAACAUAUGUGAGAGUUUGGGAAGGGCACUUGACGGCUCUUGCUGUUACAAUCCGUAACUUUUGUGCCAUUAUAAAACGUCUGAAACAAGUCGGACUUUAACCUUAGGGAACCAGAGUAUCCAUCAACGGCAUAGCAGGACGGAACUGUUCAUUUCCAAAUGAACAAUUGUCAGAAACUGCCUGCAGAUGUUUCUGUUGAGAAAGCCCUUUCUUGAAAGUGCUGUUUAUUGGACUGAUUUAUGUAAAUGGCUAACCGAAUUAUUGGGAGGCCCGCACGCUUUCUCACUUGCAGCUAAUGCAAAUGAAAGGACCAGCCAGUACAAACUGCGCACAGGGCUUGACAAUUUCCCUCCCGCUCGUUGUAGAUGCACGAAUGAAAACACGAUAUUGUAGGCAAAAGUAUAAACAUUUCAUGGUCGAUGUUGUCCUUACACAUGCAGACUGCAAAUAGCUUUAAGGGCCUUAAUAUAUCGGACAAAAUUUCUCUUGCAGUCGUGAGGCGCAUUUGAAGAUCAUACGCAGCGUACUGAAUACGUCUUAUCAUAUCUAGACAGAACAAAAUGUGUGACUGAUGCCAACAGCGCAUACAGCCAGCACUAGAGAUGCAUUAUAGAAAAAGGGCGUCUUUUUUUCUUUCUUUCUUUUUUCAUUGCUUCUCGGGAGAGAAGAACAUUACGGGUGGUAGGAUGUUAUGCUUAGUGUUCCAUUUUUCGUUUCCCCUGGUCACACGAGCAGAUUUAUCUGUUCAAAGCACAGCAUGGGACAAUCCUAUCGCCAGGUACACACUUCGCUUGGUAUUCUCCGAUAAAAGGAGACAUUACUUGCAGAGCGCAGCUUUGAAUAUCCUCCAACAUCUUUAUCCGAGAGCCUCGCUAAUGCGCAAGCAGAAGCUCUUGCGUUCAGCUGCAGCAGUCUGGUGUCAAUUGUAGUUAAUCUGAUCCUAUGUUUCAACCGAAUUCGGGUUUUCGUGUAAACGGUACAGUGGAAUAUCAGCUUCUUCCCAUUCUGUUUGUACGCUCUGCAAAGUGUCCAUAAACGUAGGGAUAUCAAGAACAGUGUCCUGCAGAGUUUCUGUGUAGAGACGAAAGUAUAUUUGUGCACAUGUGGCGACUCUGUAAGGCCGAGCAGACAUGCUGCACUUCCGACGUAACGACUUGUACAUAGCGACGUGAUUCGUGUAGGGAGAUCACAGCAGCCAGACGGCUGCUAGCAACUAAUCUCUAUUUGCGCUGUAUUAUUGCUUACAGUAAGCUAGUCCCGGUGACCUGGCAAACUACGGCGGGAGUUCUUCGUCCCUCUUCGUUGCCGAAGAGAGAACAUCAAGGGCCACCGCACGGCGUGGACUAGAGGUGCGUGAUACGCACUAACCGCGCCGCGAUGCGAAUCGGUGUACAGUUAAUCCUGAUCGCCAAGGGACAGCACCGUACAUAUGCGUGUGCGUGUGUGUAAAAUUAACAGUUUCAAUUAACUUUCAAUGUCAGGUUUUUAUCUUUAAUAAGAGUGAUACCACAGACUUUUUUGUGAAUAAUAAUGCACGCCAGCGCGUGUGGCGAUAUAUUUUGCAGUAGCGGUAGUCCCGGUCGGGUGUGUCUGAAAGCGACGACAGGUUGUUUUUUAUUGCGUAUUCGUUGUGGAGCUUUGUAUUCGUAUCCGCGUCACUUUUGAAUUGCCUUAACACGUAAAAAAAAAGUUUUCACAUUUUCACACAACAUAGUAGGAGAAACAGGCAGAGUACCACCACUACCCAGUUAUUGUACUAACCAAAACGCACAAUAUGUAAGCUGCCACUGCCCAGGCCGCUGGGAAUAAUGCUUUUAUACGUACAUUAAUGCUGGUGAAUGUUCUUAGCUUAGGUUAUAUUUUCACGAAUUUGAAAAUAAAACAAUGUAAAUGUGCCCUCGCGUAGAAUUGAAAAAGGUUCAAAGAAAAAUUGUGAUGGUUUCCAUGGGACUUUGUAAAAAUUCGUGGAGUCUCUGGGAAGCGAACAGCGAGAAGAGUCGGGGAUAAAGAAAGUAAUUUCUACUAACGCUUCUCUAAUGUGUCAAUAUGUUCAUGAUAUUAUUAUUAUUAUUAUUAUUAUUAUUAUUAUUAUACUGACAAUAUCGAACAACUUAAAACUGUUUCAUUGCAAAAAAAAGAGCAAGCUUCAUUUGUCAUAACAACAAAAUGCGGAGAACGAAGAACAAGGAAAUAUUGCGAUUUGAGACUUCAAAUUUAGCUUUUGUUUCUAGCGUUGUCAGUUUCAAUGCUCUCGCUUCCCAUGAGACUCUACAGCACUGUACAGCUGUAAAGAGAGGAAUGGUUUUGCUUGUACACAACUCAGCUGCUGGAGAGCACAGCAGUGGCAAGUCAAUAAAGGAGUACCAACUA